AUCAGUUCAUUUUCACUUCUCAAUCAAUAAAAAUGAAGAUUUUGAUUUUUGCUAGCUUAAUAAUUUACACAGUUGCUGGAACUCAGCUAACAUUGGAUAGAAAUCCAAGAAUUGUCGGAGGUGAAGAUGGACAAAUUGAGGAAUUUCCAGCUCUAGUCGCUAUUAUUAAUAUUCCACGUCAGAUGCGAACAUGUGCUGGGACUUUAAUAAGCGAGCAAUGGAUCAUUACAGCUGCUCAUUGCUACACUCAUCCAGUCAAUUUCACCAUUGAGUAUGCGACAUCAUAUCUUCAACAAACCAAUCCAGGAGCUAAGCAUGCAGACCCUGAAUUAUUUUUAAGACAUGAAAAAUACAAUGGAAGUUCGAUUACAUUCGAUAUUGGAUUAAUCAAGCUUUUGAUGCCAUUAUUGACUGGAUUGCAUUCACCAUUUUCUAGACUUGCAAUGCCUGGAAGUUACUAUCGAACUGGUACACCAGCGACUGUUGCUGGUUGGGGGAUAUGGAGCUACGAAAAUAGCACAUUGGCACAUUUACAGAAAGCUGAUCUUCAAGUUUGGCAUUAUAGAGAUUGUCAAGAGGCUCAUAAAGACAGUGGAAGUUCCUUAAGCAUUCAUUCGCAUCAAAUUUGUGCUGGCCUUCCUGAUUUUUCAAAAGCUGAGUGCAAUGGCGACUCCGGUGGACCACUUUACGUGCAUGGAGUUCAAGUUGGAAUUGUCUCAUGGUCACUCAAACCUUGCACAGUAGCAGAAUUUCCGGGUGUUUAUACCGAUGUGAGCUUCUUUAUUCCAUGGAUUCAAGAAAAGACUGGACUUGAAUUUGAGUUGCAGAAUUUCCUUAUCAGAAAGAAUUAA